GUCACCUGAAAUAGCUCAAUUAGUACACCUAUGCACCUGUUGGACCCAACAUUUUACAGUAUAGCUCUGCCUCCUGACCUGCAAGCAUAUGCACAAAUCUGGAAUCCUAACUCUAUCCUAUAACUAGAACGAGCGGGGUUGGGCUAGUCUGUGGGGUGUUCAUUUGAGCAAUUACAGUGACGCAGUCAGCCUAUUUGACAUGCAGAUUUAGCUGAACUGACAGCAUAAUUGGCGAAGUGACUGUUUUUCUACAAAUAAUUUUGGAGUUGUUUGAUCAUUAUGUACUGUAAACCUCGUGCAUUUUAAUUUUUAAGCAUGCAUGUGUGUUGAAUGUGCGAUUUUCAAAUGCAUAUAUCAAAACCCACCUAGUAGCAUGCAUUUUAGAAAGCUUUGUGGGUUGUCUAUGCUGGGAUUCAUGGAGUAUGGGAAUACAUUAAUUUGGAGCUGCUCCAUUUUGUUACAUAUCUCAUUUAUGAUUCAGUAAUUUCCAUAGAUAGAUCGAGCCACCUUAUUUCUGCCUCCAUUGAGAUUUAUCUACAUGGUUAUCAAGUUCUUGUAAUCUAGCCUCCCUUCUUACUGCUGUGAUAUACUUUUACGUGGUAGGCAUUGAUGGUUCGACUGGAAUCCGACCUGGUACAAGUCCUGCUUGCUGCCUGUAGAGGCGAACUGAGUCAAGUAUCCCUCGAGUGGUCACCUGGCUCGGCCAUGGUUGUAGUGAUGGCGAGCAAUGGCUAUCCCGGUCCAUAUGAGAAGGGAACCGUGAUUCAGAACCUCGAAGAAGCUGAAAACGUCGCUCCAACAGUCAAGAUAUUCCAUGCAGGCACUGCUCUCGACUCGAAUGGCAACUUGGUAUCUGCCGGUGGCCGUGUUCUUGGAGUCACUGCCAAGGGAAAUGAUCUGGCGGAAGCAAGGGAGAGAGCUUAUCAGGCUGUCGAGAAAGUCAACUGGCCAGGCGGGUUCUACCGGCGAGACAUUGGGUGGCGGGCGCUUCCCCUUCCGGUUCAACCGAACCUAUGGUAAUUUGGGCAGUAACAUUGUUUAGUUGGAUACAGACGGGCCGGGCCCGGCCCAAUAAGUUGAAAUCAUGUGCCUUUUUCUUUCUUUUUUCUCCUCCUCAGCAGUUUCUACCUUACAAUAGCCGAUGAACCCGCGGGAGUUUCCCGCCGCACCUUCCGGUCGCCAUUGUUUCCCUUCUAACUCGGAUCAUGAUUCCCAAUUCCUCAAUUCCCUUGCCCUCACCUUUAAUUCCAACCUUUCUCAUUGUCUCCGUUUCUUUUGGCAAAUUUUCUCCCGUACUCUGUUUCAGAAUUCCCCUGUUUUCCACAAUUUCUCUGUUUUGGUCUCGCCGGUUGUAAUCUCCGAUGGACGGAGGAGGAAAUGAGAACAAAGUCGAAGAUGAAGACAAACAGGCGCUGGCGGGUUUGAGCUCCGUCCCUAAUCCUCACCGGGCGAAAGUCCAAUCCUACAGCCAGCAGCUCCGCGGCGAGAGGAAGCUGCACCACCGCCAGGGUCGGAAGCACAGCCUCGACGACAUUCCCGCCGGCGGGGGGAGCCGACCUCUCUCCUCCUCCGACGAUGAUUUCUCCAAUUACUCGCUGGACGAGGAGGAAGCGACCCUCGAUCUGAAGCCGUUCACCCCGCUCUCUGAAUUCGUCGCCGCCGGGUCUCCCGCCGCGGCGGGGAGCUCCAGCCCCGGACCCGGCGGCGGAGGAGGAUCUGGCCCCGGAGCCGGAGGAAAAGGGGAGGCGAUUUUCAAGGUUCCGAUGAGGGCCGCGGUGCAUCCGGGGCGCCCGCCGUGCCUGGAGCUCCGGCCGCACCCGCUGAGGGAGACGCAGGUGGGGAAGUUCCUGAGGAACAUCGCCUGCACGGAGACGCAGCUGUGGGCGGGCCAGGAGAGCGGGGUCCGGUUCUGGAGGUUCGACCGGAUUUACGACCCCGGGUGUGGGUUGGGCGGCAAGGUCAGGAGAGGGGACGAGGAUGCGGCGCCGUUUCACGAGUCGGCGUCCACGUCGCCGACGUUCUGUUUGAUGGUGGAUGCGGCGAACGGGUUGGUUUGGAGCGGGCAUAAGGACGGGAAGAUUCGGUCGUGGAAGACGGAUCAAUAUUGCGCCCCUGCCGCUGCGUCGGCGGCGUCGGCAGGGGAGCAAGAAGUGGUAGAUGGUGCUGCUGGUCAGCCGCCGCAGCAGGUGGAUGCUGCCGCCGUGGCUAAUGCUCCGUUUAAGGAAGGGCUGUCUUGGCAGGCGCAUAAAGGGCCUGUUCUUUCCAUGGUCAUGAGUUCCUAUGGGGAUUUAUGGUCGGGAUCGGAAGGAGGAGUGAUAAAGAUCUGGCCAUGGGAGAGCAUCGAGAAAUCCCUCUCCCUAAAAUCCGAAGAAAAGCGGAUGGCCGCUUUACUCGUCGAGCGAUCGGCCAUCGACCUGAGAAGCCAGGUCACGGUGAACGGCAACUGCAGCAUCUCCUCCUCCGACGUCAAAUGCCUGCUCUCCGACAACAUCCGCGCCAAGCUCUGGUGCGCACAGUCCUUAACCUUCUCCAUCUGGGACGCCCGCACCAAGGAGCUCCUCCGCGUCUUCAACAUCGACGGCCAGACCGAGAAUCGCGUCGACGGCAGCGGAGGAGGGGAGAAGGGCCAGCAGCAGCAGCAACAACAACAACAACAACAACAACAAGAGAGCAGCGGGCAGGGUGGGGAAGAAGGUGGGGCAACUCCACAGGAGGCCUUGCCGGCAGUCCCGGAAAAGCCGGAAAAGCCGGCGAAGGAGGGGAAAGGGAAGUCGGGAAACAAGAAGGAGAAGGGCCAGGGCUUCCUCCAGCGGUCGCGCAACGCGAUCAUGGGCGCGGCAGACGCGGUGCGGCGCGUGGCGACACGUGGCACCAACGUCUUCGUGGAGGAUUCGAAGAAGACGGAGGCGAUCGUGAUGACGGCAGACGGGAUGGUGUGGAGCGGCUGCACCAACGGGCUGAUCAUUCAGUGGGACGGGAACGGGAAUCGGGUGCAGGAUUUCAACUUGCUCAACGGCACGCCCGUGCAGUGCUUCUGUACUUUCGGGACCAGACUCUACGUCGGCUACACCAGCGGGAUCAUCCAGAUGUUGGACCUGGAGGGGCAUCUCCUACAAAUGUGGGUGGCCCACAGCAACCCGGUGCUGAAGCUAGCCGUCGGGAAAGGCUACGUGUACAGCCUGGCCAGCCACGGCGGGAUCCGGGGGUGGAACACGCUGUCGCCGAGCCCGAUCGACCAGAUCCUCCGGUCGGAGCUGGCCGGAAAAGAGCUGACGUACACGAGGAAGGACCAGUUCCGGGUACUCAUCGGGACGUGGAACGUGGGGCAGGGGAGGCCCUCGCAGGAGGCCAUGAUGGCGUGGCUGGGGUCCACCGCGUCGGAUGUCGGCAUCGUCGUCGUCGGCCUCCAGGAGGUCGACAUGGGGGCCGGGUUCCUCGCCAUGUCCGCCGCCAAAGAAACUGUAGGACUGGAAGGGAGUGCAAUUGGGCAGUGGUGGCUGGACAAUAUUGGGAAAGCCUUAGGGGAAGGCUCUGUUUUCGAAAGGAUGGGAUCUAGGCAGCUUGCUGGCUUGCUCGUCUCCCUCUGGGUGAGGAAGAACAUGAGACAGCAUGUUGGGGAUGUUGAUGCUGGAGCUGUUCCUUGCGGGUUUGGACGAGCCAUUGGCAAUAAGGGAGGGGUAGGGUUGAGGAUAAGGGUGCGGGACAGGAUAAUGUGCUUCGUGAACUGUCACUUGGCAGCACAUUUGGAAGCAGUGAACCGAAGGAACGCAGAUUUCGAUCACAUCUAUCGAAACAUGGUGUUUGGGAAGCCGACGAUCCCCAACGCUGCCGCCGCUGGUGUGUCCUCCUCCUCCCACACCCUUAAAUCCGAUAAGAACUCCGGUGGUGGUGGCGGCGGCGGCAAUAACAACAACAAUGGCUCGUCCGAGGACACAAAGCCAGAGCUGUCUGAUGCAGACAUGGUUGUGUUCUUUGGGGACUUUAACUACAGGCUGUUUGGGAUAUCAUAUGAUGAGGCCAGGGACUUUGUGUCUCAGAGAUGCUUUGACUGGCUUCGAGAGCGAGAUCAGCUGCGAGCUGAGAUGAAAGCUGGGAGGGUUUUCCAAGGGAUGCAUGAAGCCAACAUUACUUUCCCUCCUACUUACAAGUUUGAGAGAAAUGUCCCUGGAUUAGGAGGCUAUGAUUCUGGGGAGAAGAAACGUAUACCUGCAUGGUGUGACAGGGUUAUAUUCCGUGAUACACGGCCAGGUUCAGCUACACCAUCGCAAUGCGAAUGUAGCUUGGAGUGCCCUGUUGUCUCUGCAGUCAUCCAAUACGAAGCUGUCAUGGAAGUGACUGAGAGCGACCACAAACCCGUACGGUGCAAGUUCCACAUCCAAGUAGCUCACACAGAUAGAUCAGUGAGGAGGCAAGAGUUUGGCGAGAUCCUGAAGACGAAUGAGAAGAUUCAAUCGCUGUUGGAGGAAUCUCGAGUGGUCCCAGAGACAGCCAUCAGCACCAACAGCAUUGCUCUGCAAAAUCAGGACACUGCCAUCCUCAGGAUCACCAACAAAUCUGCAGCAGACAAAGUAGUGUUCAGGAUCUACUGUGAAGGCCAAGCCAAUUUCAAGGAUGAAGGGGAUGAAGCCGAGUAUCAUGCACGAGGUAACCAUGGCUUCCCCCGGUGGCUUGAGGUCACACCAGCAGCUGGAAUAAUCAAACCUGACAAUAGCAUGGAAGUAUCAGUGCACCAUGAAGAGUUCCACACACUAGAAGAUUUAGUAGACGGCAUCCCACAGAACUGGUGGUGUGAAGACACCAGAGACAAAGAAGUGAUCCUUGUAGUCGUUGUACAAGGCAGCAGCUCAACUGAGGUCACAACUCAUCGGGUCCAUGUUCGGCACUGCCUCUCGGCCAAAACUCUGUGUGCUGACUCUAAAUCAGGCUCGCGAAGAGGUCAAAAAAGUGAUCCCAGGCAGCAAAGCGGUUCAACCAAUGAUUCUCGAAGUUCACAAAAGCCUUGAGGAAAGUUUCUGAUACUUUUUUUUGCAGACCUCUUAGUACUUAAGAAACAUAGCAUAGUACAGAAGAGUUUAGAAUGCAUCUAACGAUUUCUACAGGCAGCAAAAAGUUCCUCAGUCUUUGUGUAAAUACUCACGGAGCAUGGGAAGCUGUUGAAAGAUACUUACUGCUAAUGCUUUAUUGUAGUUAGCAGUAACAGCUAGCCCUAGUCUAAUUGUAGAAAGAUUAGAUAAUAGAAUAUAUUUUAGUUAAGGUA